UGCCUUGUCUUUCCCUUUUCACGGACCAGGACGAAGUGCCGGUGGAGGCAACCAACCCCCAAAAGAACAAAAUGGACAAAUUAAUUGAAAUCCUCAACAGCAUGAGGAACAACAGCAGUGAUGUGGACUCCAAGCUCACUACCUUCAUGGAGGAGGCCCAGAACUCCACCAACUCUGAGGAGAUGCUGGGCGAGAUCGUCAAGACCAUUUACCAGAAAGCGGUGACGGACCGCAGCUUCGCCUCCACCGCCGCCAAGCUCUGUGACAAAAUGGCGCUCUUCAUGGUGGAGGGGACCAAGUUCCGAAGCCUGCUUCUCAACAUGCUGCAGAAAGAUUUCACAAUGCGGGAGGAGCUGCAGCAGCGCGACGUGGAGCGCUGGCUGGGAUUCAUCACCUUUCUCUGCGAAGUCUUUGGCACCAUGAGGAGCAACGGUGGGGAGCCCUUCCGAGUCCUUGUCUGUCCCAUUUAUACCUGCCUCAGGGAGUUGUUGCAAUCUCAGGAUGUGAAAGAAGAUGCUGUCCUUUGCUGUUCCAUGGAGCUGCAAAGCACAGGCCGGCUGCUGGAGGACCAGUUGCCUGAGAUGAUGACAGAGCUGCUGGCAAUAGCACGUGACAAGAUGCUGUGCCCCUCGGAGUCCAUGCUGACACGGUCCCUCCUCCUUGAGGUCAUUGAGCUGCACGCCAACAACUGGAACCCCCUGACGCCCACCAUCACACAGUACUACAACAAGACAAUCCAGAAACUGACAGCCUGAGAACGUGGGGCGGUGGGGAUGGAAAGGAGCAGGAAGAAGACAUGCACCUUAAAAGGAAACAGGAAGGAACUGUGCUACAAAUUGAUCAGCUACUGGAGAGAAAGCGAGAACCUUUAUGAGAAAAUACCUAAGAAGACGAACCCCAGCAUGCUUAAGAAUAUGUUCAUGAGGUUGGGGGGCAGGGGCAUGUUUCUUUUCAGCUGUGUUGCGGAGCACCACUCCUCUUUCCUGCUGAGUUUUUGUUUCAGGUUUCUUCUAUUAAAUCAUUGCUCAUGCAGCCGCGCAUCCCGCCGUGUUAUUGUUUGGCUUUAGAAAGAACACGGAGAAUUUGAAAAGCAAGUGGAAGUGCAGGCUAGCAUUGUUUUCACGCCAUUCUCUUGGCUUGCACCAGCCAACUGGCAGGAGACAACACACAGCAGAUGUCUUGGGAGGACAAAGAAAGACACGUUCCACACCAGACGCCGGUAAUUGACGGCUUUUGUCAAAGCGAAGCUUUCAUUAUUUUUUCCCCCUCCCCUUGUCUUCAACUUUUUAUUCUCCCCCCCCCCACCUCCACCCCUCCGCAAAAUCCCCACCAACACCUGAUUCUAGGUUAGGAUUUCACACAAGAUGAUUUAUUUAUUUGCACUGGGUUUUCUUUUUUCUUGUUGUUUUAUUAGGUUUUUUUUAAACGGACAUUUGCUAUCAACUUUGAAACAUGAAAAUAACGUUAUAAUGUGAGCUCUUGAAUGGUUGGCACAAGGGUGUUAAAUUGGAAGAAGAAGUUAAAAAAAUCCAAAAGCCACUUUAGAAGUAUCAUAGCCACAGUCUUCUUGCCAGUAACCUAUCAAGGUAAUUGAAAAAAUGUACACUCUGAGCUGUAAUUCUAAGAAACACAGGCAUUCUGCAGCUGUUUGCUGCUAAAGACGCAGUAUUCCUCAUCCACUAAACUAUAAUCCAUUUAUUUUUUGUAACUUACUUUGUUUGUUUGUUUAAAGAGUGCUUUAUUGUAAUUACUGUCACAGUUGUAAUUAUACAUUUAAACCAGGUCCCUUAUGCUUGAUCCUAAUAAUAGACAGGGUGAGGGAAAAAUUAAGACUUGAAGUUCUUCUUUGGAAACUGGUAAAUAGAAGGUGACAAGUAUAUGGCAUUGGAAAGGAAAAAAGAAAAGCCGAAAAUAUAGGUUUCAGGUUUGGCUUCUAAUUAGCUAAACUUUCCUAACCAGUGUCUCUCGGUUUGCAUUGCAUAGACGUGGAACUCAGAAGGAGGCUGUCCCCAUCUUUUGCUUUGUCAGAAGCAUAGUCUGUUUAGUCGGUGUAACUAAUACAGCCUCUGAUAUGGAGGAGGGUCAGAGAGGGUUGUUUCGUUCCACUAAAUGAAGUGUAAAGAGGAGAGCAAUGUGAAUGGCUAGAGAUGGAGUAGAGGUAGUACGAGAAGGAAGCCACAGUGCACCUCACUGGCCUUACCUGUGCAACCCACUGGUGAGUGUGUGUUACAAUUUCCAUUCUGUGUCCAGUUCACAGAGGAUAUGAGUCUGUUACAGCCCCAGCGAGGGACUUUCAGCUCGAACUGUAACAGCUCAUGCUUUUAGCUCUGGUGAUCUCUGGUUCAACCCCUGGUGGGUCAGACAAGAUGGCAGCUAUCACGCAGUGGAAGCUUGUCUGGAAUUCAAACUGCUGUGGGCCUCAGACACUUAGGAUGAGCUUCCUUGGAUCCAAGGAAGGAUGUAACUCACUGGUGAGCGUGUGUUACAGGUCCCCAACCUCAAUGCCCAAUGCGCAGAGAGAUGAGUCUGUUACAGCCCCAGCUAGAGAGGUUUGAUUCUUUAGAGCAAGCUGUCACAGUUCAUGCUUUUUGAGCUCUGGAGAUGCCCAGUUCAAUCUCCAGUGUGUUGGCAAAGGCGGCAGCCAUCACAUCUACUUAUCCCACCAUAUUUAACACUAGUGCAGUUUCACUGGUGUUAGAAACAUUGGGAGCCCUUUGUAAAGAGGCUGUUGACAGAAAUUUAAGCACUGUGUUCUCUAGACCUGAUCCAAGCAGGAUUAGGUGAUUCAUUUGCUUAAAAACCCUAGCGCUCCGUCUACUCUAGGGUUCUCAACAAUGCUCACACAGGUGAAGCUGACGUGGUGUUGGCAAUGCUGAGAAGUGUUUGCAGAAUGCCCCUAGGGCAGAUCAGUCUAGCAUGAGAAGUGAAGCCAGUGACUUGACUUCAUUAGGGAAGAAGGUGAGCUGUUAAGUGUGCGACGUGCUUUUAGACUGAGAGGGAUCCAUGUCAGUCGUAAAACAAGUAUUAGUUUUGAAGCACAUGCAAGUUUGGCAGAGAAACCGCAGCUUCUAAGCAUAUGGUACAUUUAUUUUUUAAAGUAUCUAUUCUGUAGUAAGUCUGUAAUUCCUAAGAAGAGCAGAGCUGCCCACCAAACCCUUCCUUAGGGGCCAGUCCCACAGGACGGCAUGGCUUUAAUUCCCAAUGAUGCCAGCGGGAUUUGUGAGUGCUCAUCAACUUGCAGGCUUAGGGCUUUAAUAUAUAAUAUAAGGCAAGAGAUUUGUGAGAGAUCGACGUAAACACAAUAUUUACCAUUUGGGGUCUGAGUAACGUUAACCAGAUUUAUGGAUCCUGUUGACUAACUUCAGUUUCUUUUUUGGAAAAGGAGAUCUGUUCCAGCCCCGUUUUUGAAACAUGCUUUGAAGUUACUUAUUUCAGUAACUUUGUAUUGGUAAAGAGGGACAGGUAGGCCAUUACUUCACUUCCUGUAUGGUGACCAGGAAAUGAUGUCCAGGCUUAGCGGUUGCUUCUUUAUUGAUGCUUUUAUUUACUGCAUCACUUCUGGUGCUUACUUGAUGAAGUCUAACAGAAUUAGGGGGUGGAAAUUUCCCUUUAUUUGUUCAGCACUUAUUAAUGGAAGAUUAGAGAAGGAAGUGACAGUACAUAACCCUCCCUCCAGGCACCUGUGAUCUGAGCAUAGCUGCCAAUGUUGGGUGAAUCUGACUGUUAAGAUUCAUAUAUAAUAUCUGCCUUAUUUCAUUGCUGCAACAGGUCUCAGAAACUCACUUGGAAAAUCUGUUUUGGUGUUCGUAACACUCACAAGCUGUUUUCCAAAAGACAGUUUGUGAUUAGGGGGCUACUGAUCAGUGCUUAUAAUGUGGGAGGAUGGUAUAUUCCAAUUUUUUCUUCACUUUUCUCCUGUUAUUCAGUUUUCUUCCCUUUCCCCUGGUAGUAACAAGUAUGGAUUCGGCAAACCCACCUCUGGCACCAUGAAACUGGAGUGUAGCUCCUGAUUAAACAUGAGACCCAAACACUAACCCCCAGAUCCAAAUACUCACCCACCUUGAGGCAAUACAGAUCUGGAUCUGAACUCCACAACGUAGACCAGUAGAGUGAAUUUCUGCCUGCUUGUUGACAAGAAUAAAGAUUCAAUCCAGAUCUUUUUUGGAUGUUCAGUAUGUUUUAUGGCAGUGUAAGAGAGAACCAGAUUUGUCCGUUACUUGGGGGGAAAUUAUUUGCAGGAAGCCAAGUUUGAGGGCAAAAAUUUCCAACAGAGAAAAUACCACAAGAGGAGAGGAGAUUUUUUUUUAUGGUUCACAGUUAUUCGAAACUUCUCUGCUUGGGUCUUUUCUAAGGUGCAUACAAAGCAAGAGAAAACAGCAGGAAACAGAAUCCUCAACAGUAGCAUGUCCAAGAAACAAAGAGAAGACCUUGAUUCAUCUGUAAAAAAUUGCCUAAUGCACUGGACUUCUGUGGAAAGACUGAUUUCUAAGUUCCAGAAACAGUCUAGGGAUUAGCUCUCUGAAGACUAACACUUGCAGUACCUCAGCAUUAGAUUGUCUGUGAGAAAACUGUGUCACAGUAGGGGCAGCAAUAUUUUAUAGUGAAUAUCCAUGAGAGAUUGGACUUUAUAGAACAACAAAGCCCAGCAGUGUUAUAAGGUUCAGGGUUGUAGCCUUUGAAUCUAAACCCUCCUUAAGGUGUUUGCCCUCUGAUGCCUUGCCCCUUGGGUGUGAAGGUGUGAAAGAAACAGCGGCUUAAGACUGGAUUCAGUGCAGUCUCACAGAAUUGUCAUGAAAAUUUACCAACCUGAACACAAACUCUACUCACCCCCUUUUCAAGACGAUGCUAAAGAUGGAAAACAAAAAUUGUCAAGGUUGAUGUAAUGUGAUAUGUGGGUUAUCCACAGUUGAUUAUUUGAUUGCUUUAGAAUGUCCACAGCCAAUCAGACUAAUUAUUUAAGCAGCAUAGUAUAUCCACUUGCUGCCGCUGCUUUUUCAGACUUUAACAAAGAAUUUAAAAGUGAUUUCUUGUUUUAUUUGGGGGAGGGGGUUAAAGAAAAACAACCCCUAAAAUACAGGCAAUAAGGGGAAAUGUGUGAAUGAUCGAAUUGAGCCCUCUGAUAACCACGAUCUCCAGCUCCUGUUCCCAGCCCUCCCAGUAUACAUGCCAGCUUUUGUGGCUCCUGUCUUUCACCCAGUAUAAUCUGCAACAUUUCCAAGUUGACCUCUGACUGUAUCAAAGGAAGGGAAAAAAGAAGAACCCAGAGGAGAAUUGGAAAUUGCAUUUCUAAGACUUGAAUUUUCACCUAAUCACUGGGAAUUUUCUUGGAGCACCAAGAGGCAAAGCCAAGCCACAUGACAGUAAUUCUGUUCAAAUGCUUCUCCACCGCCAGCCAUGAAGGUUUAGUUAUAGUUUUCCUUUACUAGAGGUUGCCUUCUAGCUGCAGUCCUGUACCCAGAUAUUCAGGUUUAAUGGAUUUGGCCUGUUACUUUGUUCUGUCGCCCUGAAAUUUUCCCCCAGCCUUUUUUGGACAGUGUCUAAGAACUUCCCGUGAUGUGAAAUCCAUCUUUCAAUGAUUUGUGAUUUGUGUAUGACAAUUAAAGUGUGUUCAUUCUGCCAUUAA